GGAAAAGGAAAACUGAAACCAGAGGACACAGGAAGGACAGGCACAGGGAGAUCCGAAUUACGAAGCGUUGUGUGCUUUGUCAUUUCCAAAGACCUUCCCCACAAAAUUCUUCGUUGCAGAGAGACCGAAAGAGAAGGGCUAUGGACAACAGAGCUAUCUUGUUGCCCUUCUUUCUUCUUCUUCUUUGCUUAUUCUCAUCCUUUUCUCACGCUAUUUGGCUUACCUUACCCCCCACUGGAACCAAAUGCGUCUCCGAAGAAAUCCAGAACAACGUUGUUGUUUUGGCUGAUUAUGUCGUCGUUCCCGAUGAUCACUCCCACAAUCCCACCCUUGGCGCCAAGGUGACAUCACCAUAUGGAAACAUUCUUCACCAUAAGGAGAAUGCAACAGAUGGUCAAUUUGCAUUCACAACUCAUGAGACUGGGAACUACUUGGCAUGCUUCUGGGUGGAUGGUCACAAUGAAGCAGGUAAAGAAGUUAGUGUCAACCUUGAUUGGAGAACGGGAAUUGCAGCUAAGGAUUGGGAUUCAGUUGCAAGAAAAGAGAAGAUUGAGGGAGUUGAGCUUGAGUUGAAAAAGCUUGAAGGAGCCGUUGAGGCCAUCCAUGAGAAUUUGAUCUACCUUAAGAGCAGAGAAGCUGAGAUGAGGAUAGUGAGUGAGAAAACAAAUGCUAGAGUGGCAUGGUUCAGUAUUAUGUCCUUGGGUAUCUGCAUUAUAGUCUCAGCUUUGCAGUUGUGGCAUUUGAAGCGAUACUUCCAGAAGAAGAAGCUGAUUUAGAUCAUAUUAGGGUUGAAUUAAUAGCAAAGAACGAUUUUAAUAUCUGAAGCAUUGUUGUGAAAUUUAUUCUUACGUGUAGCUGGAAAAUUUUGAUGCCUAUUGUAGAGUUAUAAACUUUUUCAAAAAAAAAAAAAACAUGCCACUUUCAUUGGUAGA